AUGCAGGAGCAGCUGUCGAAGAAUCGAGUGAUCAUCGAGUACGACGGGAAGAAGAACAUCUCCGCCGCCAUCACAUCCUCCACGCACGAGAGAAAGUCCCGAUGCAACAUCCACAUGAAAAACGGGAAGGUGUACAUGAAGCACAACAGCCUGGGGGACGACGUGCCGAUAGUGGUCAUCCUCAGGGCGAUGGGGGCCACAAGCGACCAGGAGAUUGUCCAGCUUGUGGGGUCCGAGCCGGAUAUCAUGAACGCCUUCAUGGCCAGUCUUGAGGACUCGCAGUCCGUGGGCGUGUUCACGCAGAAGCAGGCUUUGCUGUACAUCGGGACGAAGAUGAGGGUUCCCCCUAAGGCCGGCGCAAGAGCGAUGCGGCAACAAUCCUCGUGA